AGCUCUUGUGCUAGAAAAAGCGACUUCUUCCCACUUUCCACCCCAUUUCUUUAUUACUUGCUUCCACAAUGGUUCUUUAUUAGUAAAAAUCUGAACAAACAAAACUUUAGUAGAGAUUAAUUAAGCUGAGAAAAUAUUCUCAAAGAGUUCUGAGUUCAUGAUGAGUUUUGUGGGUGUUGUAAAAUUUGUGGUGAAAUGCCUUGACAUUGUUGCCUGGCCUGUAUUUGGUUUGGGUUAUCCUUUAUGUGCUUCCAUUCAAGCGAUCGAGACUAAUUCAAACUCAGACACCCAGAAACUGAUCGCUUAUUGGGUCUCCAUUUCUGUGGUUUUGCUCUUUGAACGUGCUUUUCAGCUUGAAUGGCUAACCUUCUGGCCAUACAUUAAGCUAAUGAUUGUCGGCUGCUUGGUUCUGCCUGACUUUGAUGGUUCCCUUUGUGUCUAUCAACGCCUUGUUCAUCCAUGCCUAUCCAUGGACCUAAGAAUCAUCAUCUGCCAGUUCAAAAAGCUGGAGGAGUUGUUUUUCAAGAAAGAUGAUUUUCUUGUUGAGGUGGAGAGAUAUGUGAAGGAAAAUGGCAUUGAUGCUUUGGAGAAUCUCAUUGCUUCCACGAAAAGGAGUGCAAAGCCUAAUGUUGCUGUGAAUGAGAUCAAGGCAGUUGCAGCAGAGGAUAGGCUGAAGUUCGAGCCACCAAAUCUUCAAGUUCCACUCAAAGACAGUAGUGCUGCCAAAAUAACAGAGAAAAUAGAAGUUGCAUCAACCAAGCAGCUAAAGCUGGAACAACCUAAACUUCCGGUUCAAUUAAACGAUAGCAAUGCAGUGGAAAUAACAGAGGAAAAAGAAGUUGCAUCAACCACGCAGUUAAAGUUUGAACAACCUAAACUUCCAGUUCUACCCAGAGACAGUAAUGCUGUGGAAAUAACAGAGAAAAAAGAAGUCUCAUCAACCAACCAGGUUAGACAAAUAGAACCUAACAUUGGUCAGACAGAAAACAGAACAUUUCAGCCCCUGAAGAACAUAACUACAGCAGCAGAAGCAAUAGGAGGCAGAGAUCUUUACGAGAUACUACCUCCUGAGAAAGUCCAAAAGGUAUGGACUUGUGCUCUAUGUCAAGUAACAGCCCAAAGUGAGACAGUUCUUAAUUCACAUCUGCAAGGGAAACGACACAAGGCAGCUCGUGAACAGUUAAAAGUGAAGAGUCAGACACCAAAAGGUGAGGUUUCCUCUGCUUCAGUGGGAAAGAAAUCAAAUGUUACCAUGGCAACCGCAAGGAUUGGUGUUAGAGAUCAUACUGGCAUAUUAUCUCCUCAGAAUGCCCAAAAAGUUUGGACUUGUCUUACAUGCCAGGUAACGCUUAAAAGUCAGACAGACAUUAACUCACAUCUUCAAGGAAAACAACACGAGCAAGCUCGUGCGCUGCUGAACUCCAAGAACCAGGCAUCACAUAGCAAUGCUUCUUCUGCUUCAGUAGGAAAGAAAACUAAUUUUCCUGAAAACAAGCCAGAGAAGUGUACAAUCAGCAAUAAUACUUCACCUGAAAAUAGAAUACAUGAAGCGAAGAAGCAAGGCAAGCAAGAGAACCCGAUGAAGAGCCUAUUUGUUGAGAUAAGAAAUUCCAAGUGGCGUUGUACAAUCUGCAAUGUAAGUUGCACCAGUGAGGGAGACAUGGCCUGUCAUCUUAAAGGGAAUAAGCACUUGGAUGUUAGCAUUUCCAAGUGGCGUUGUACAAUCUGCAAUGUAAAUUGUACCAGUGAGGGAGACAUGGCCUGUCAUCUUAAAGGGAAUAAGCACUUGGAUGUUAGCAUUUCCAAGUGGCAGUGCACCAUCUGUAAUGUAAAUUGUACCAGUGAGGGAGACUUGGCCUGUCAUCUUAAAGGGAAUAAGCACUUGGCUGUUAGCAUUUCCAAGUGGCAGUGCACCAUUUGUAAUGUAAAUUGCACCAGUGAGGGAGACAUCCACUGUCACCUUAAUGGGAAUAAGCACUUGGCUAGGAUGCGAGAAUUGGAUGGUCUUGGAGGCAGUCGGCAUGCCUGAGUCGCUGAAUAUGUUCAUAUCACUAUUGUAGAACAUUGAUAUGUGGAGGUUAAGGUGGCUACGAGAAUCUAAGAUACCUGUAGAUUAAUCAAUUACUUGGAUUUUGUCUCCCGUCUGUAUCCUUGAAUUCUAGUUAUACAAGCUAACUUCACGUGAUGGUACAAGGUCAAA